GAAGAACGAGAGAGAAGAGGAAGAAAAGAUUAUUUUUUCCUUAUUUCGGCCUUAAUAUCGAGUUCAUUUGGAUUCCUUAGUGUCCAGGAGGCUGCGGGAGGAACCGAGGUUGUUUCAAGAUGGGUUUGGGCUCCAUAGCUGUGCUUGCUGUCUGAUUUGAAAGCUGAGGGCGCUAGAAAAACCUGUGGACUAACACUGCCGAUGUUCGACUCCCAGCCUAGAUGUGUGCAGAUGCUUUGGAGUUCGUAACCAGCACCUACGCAAGAACCCAAGGCCGAGAUUGUGGGUGUGAGUGGUGUGGCAGAGUACAUGGCUCGAGAAAUGAUCUUGAACAUGUCGUCAGCAUUUGCCAUAGGAAGAUAGAAGCUAUGACGGCAUACCCAAUCAAACAGACAUGAGAUGCCCCCUGCCUUUUAGAGAACACUCCUCCUAUGUCAUUUAAACCUUUAUGCAGUCGUGUGCCUUUUGGAGAGUUGGAAAAAAUAUUUUUUGAGAAGUGGUAAGAUGAAAAAAAACAAGAUGGCACUUGAAUGUGCCGACUGUGGUAAGGUGUUCAAAAGGAGCGACCACCUGAAGACGCACCAGAAGAUUCACACGGGAGAGAAACCGUUUGAAUGUUCCGAGUGCGGGAAAAGGUUCGGUAGGCUCGGUGACCUGACUGUGCACCAGAGGGUUCACUCGGGAGAAAAACCGUACGAGUGCCAUGUCUGCGGGAAGAAAUUCAAAGUAAAUAGUGAUUUGAGCGUACACCAGAGAAGUCACACGGGAGAAAGACCCUACGAGUGCUCCGAGUGCGGGAAAAGGUUUAAUCGAAGUAGUCAUCUGAAGACACACCAGAGGAUUCACUCUGGUGAGAAAAAGUUUGAGUGUCCUCAGUGCGACAAAAAGUUUCUUCGAAAUAGUGAUCUGAAGGGACAUGUGGCCACUCACGCGGUGAAGAAAAGGUUUGAGUGUUCCGACUGUGGAAAAGGUUUUGUCAAGAAGAGUGAUCUACAAGCACAUGAAAGGAUGCAUGCUGGAGACGCACCAUUUGAGUGUUCCGAGUGUGGGAAAAGGUUUUUUCAGAGGAGUCAUCUGAAUGCACACCAGAAGAUUCACUCGGAUGACAAUCCCUUUGAGUGUUCCGAGUGCGGGAAAAAGUUUAAUAAAAAUUGCAAUCUGAAGGCACAUGAAAGGGUUCACUCUGGAGAAAAACCAUACGAGUGCUCUGAGUGUGGGAAAAGAUUCACUGUAAGUGCUUCUCUAAAGAUACACCAGAAGCUCCACAAAAAGACCCUCUUUGAAUGCACCGAGUGCGGGGAAAAGUUUGAAGAAACUGGAGAGUUGGAGAAACACCUGAUAUCACACAUUGAAGAGAAGCCGUUUGAGUGUUCUGAGUGUGGAGAAGGUUUCCUUGCCGAUCUAAAGAUACACCAGAAGGUUCACUCUGAGCUUGAGGAAAUGAUUGAUGUAGAGGUGUCUGAGGAAAAGGUCAUUGUAAGUGAGUCUGUGAUAGAGGAUGCUGUAAGUGAGUCUGCGGACGAGAAUAGUUUAGACGAAUCUUUGGAAACGGUUAAUGGAAAUGAGUCUGACAAAACAGUUGUUAUAAAUGACAUGAAAAUGCCCCCAAGGCUUCACAUGCGUGAAAGACCGUCUGAAUGUUCAGGCUGUGGGAAAAAGUUUGAUCGAGAUGAUAAUCCGAAGACAGGGAAUGACUCUGAGGAAAAGCCACUCAAGUGCUCAGAUUGUGGGAAAAUAUUCAUAAAUAUCUGCUUUAAUGAUAGUAGUUUACAGGCACAGCUGUUGAUAAACUCAGGUGAAAGACAACACAGGUGUUCUAUUUGUGGGAAAGUGUUUAGUCGGAGUGAUAGCCUAAGACUACACCAUAGAAUUCACACAGGUGAGAAACCUUACGAAUGUUUGGAGUGUGGGAAAAGGUUUAUUGAAAGUAGUAAGUUAAAAAGACACGAGAUUAUUCACUCCGGGGAAAAACCAUUUAAAUGCACCGAGUGUGGGAAAAGUUUUACUCAGAGUGAGUCAUUGAAGACACACCAGAUGACUCAUACUGGAGAAAGACCCUUUGAGUGUUACGAAUGUGGGAAAAGGUUCAAGAAAUAUAGUGAUCUGAAACUACACCAGUGGCUUCAUUACUCAAAUCCAGAGUUUAAUAAAAAGAAGAUUGAACCCACUGAUGUGAAAGCACUACAGAGGGCUAACUCAGCAGCAAAAAUACUGAAGUGCCCCGACUGUGGGAGACGAUUUAACGACAGGAGUGAGCUCAAGAAGCACCAGGAGAGUCAUCCAAAGAAAAAGCCAUUCGAAUGCCCCGAUUGUGGGAAGAGGUUCAGUCAGAAAAGUAACAUGAAGACGCACCAGAGGAUUCACACGGGAGAAAAGCCAUUUGAGUGCGCCGAGUGUGGAAAGAGAUUUACCGAUGGAAGUCACCUGAAUAUACAUAAGAGGAUUCACACAGGAGUAAAGCCAUACGAGUGUGCUGAUUGUGGGAAAAAGUUUACCCAAAAGAGCAAUCUCACCACACAUGUGAGGAUUCACACAGGAGAGAAGCCUUAUGACUGUACCGAGUGUGGGAAAAGUUUUAUCGAGAGUGGCAAGCUGAAGAGACACAUGGUUUAUCACACAGGAGAAAAACCACAUGAGUGUUCUGUGUGCAAGAAAAGGUAUAUUGACAGUGGUGAACUGAAGAAACACCUUGUCACUCAUACUGGAGAAAAACCGUAUGAGUGCUCCGAGUGUAAUAGUAAGUUUAACUAUCUUAGUGACCUGAGGAGACAUAAAAAGAUCCAUCUAGGAGAAAAACCAUUCGAGUGUCAUGAAUGUGGGAAAAGGUUCAUUGAAGUCGCUAAGCUAAGGAGGCAUCUGAUGAUUCACAGUGGGUUCUGAAUAAUCACAUUUAUACAUUUUGCUUUUGAGUGUUUGGCAAGAGAUAUAACUGCACUUGAAAGUUUUUUUGUUUUUUUUUUAUUGAGGUAAGAUAUCUGGUUAUAUCUUAACUUCUUUAUAUAUAACAAAUAAAGGCUCACUUCCAGA